AAAAAAAAAAUUGCCGGCGACCCUGCAUCGUCUUCCUCACCUCGCUCUGUGUUUUCUUCUCCUUCCAAUCCAUGAAAGACAAUAGGCUCGAUUCAACUUUCAGUUCAACAAUUAUGCACUCAUUAUCUCGCAAUUUCCAGAUUUUCGUGCAAUCACCAAAUCUCCAAAUCCCCUCUGGAGCCCUAAUUUUCCAAAAUCCAAACUCUAAUCUCACUCUCCACCACCUCAAAUCCUCCAUCCUCCCUUCUAAUUCGAUCCCUCACGCUUCUAUUUUCUUCACUCUCAAUGAGAACCGCUCUCCGACGCGGCGACAACCCUACCGGCGGCCGGUUCACCCUGACCGCCGCCAAGAAGCCAAAAGUGGACUACUUGAAUCUCCCCGGCCUCAUUGCGUACGAAGAAAUCCACCGCGAUGCUCUCACAUUUGCUCUUGAAGUCCAACAGCGGCCCGCUGAAGCUAGUUGCACGUGCCUGGAGUGCAUGACGCAGUGCAUUCGACAUGGGCCCCGCAUCCCGAGGACGUUAAGCUCUCGGGACUUCGGGAGAAACUUUCUUGGAGAAGCGGCGGCUCGAGUACCCGGGUGGCCGUGGUGGGGCCGCUUGGCAGCAUGCGUGGGGGGGGCCGCGUGUCGUAGAUUACGAACUUGGUGCCGAGGAAAUUUGAUCUGCAAAAAUCGGAACUACUAUGAUGAGGCCGUUGGCAAAGAUUUUGUCCGCGAAAUCAAUUAUACCGUCGUGCCCUCCAUAGUAGUCGACGAAGCCGCCGUAGCUCGCGUCGUGGAGGCAGCCACUACCGAACUGAGAGGUGUCGGCCGUUGUGAAUUCGGCCAGUUGAUGCAAGCCAGUUUUAGUCGGGCCCAUCGAAUGGUUUGA